GUUUGUACUUAUUGAAUGGUUAUUGAUCUGGUUAUUGAUCGCUAAUGUCACUCUGUUAGGUGUGUGUGCUGGAAGGUGAGUCAGCUGACCUGAUUCCCAAGAUGGCCAACAUGUUUGGAAUCCAGACGUUCGACUUUGUUUUCCUGGACCACUGGAAGGACCACUACCUGCCUGACAUCAGACUGCUGGAGGACUGCGGCCUGCUGGCUUGGGGCUCGGUGGUCCUGGCUGACAACGUGGUCUGCCCUGGAGCUCCGGACUACCUGAACUACGUCAGAUCCAACCUAAAGUACAGCAGCAGAUUCUACCAGGCUCACCUAGAGUACACCAGAGUCCUCGACGGACUGGAGAGAUCUGAGUACCAGGGAGACUGACAGGGAGAAACUAACAGGUAGAAUCCAGACUGAACACCUGAAUCAUCACACCGGGACCAGGUUUACAGGGUCACGCUGUGUCUGUUUUAUGAUUUUGGCAGACAGUUCCAAAUACUACAAUAUCCAUGAGCCUCAGCGACAGCUGCCCUGGAAAGGAGGUGUAAGUCAGAGUGGUAGAUAAAACGCUUUACGUUGUUACUGAAACACGUUACCAUGCUAACUGAAUUCAAUGUGACACUGCAGGUUGUUCCUUUAGCUUCCACCUGCUGUGAUUGGGUGUUCAACUGCUGUUGUAAUGUCAUCAGCUUGUCAAUCAAUAGGUUUGGUGUUGUAGUUUUCUAACCAUGUUGUAAACGUUG